GUGAGAGAAAUUCCUCCGCAGGGUGUCGAUGCUCGAGCGCCGUGUUCCGCAUGCCAAUCCACCAGUGCAGAGCAGUGGGCUUGUCUCACAUGUUACGCGGUUAACUGUGGCCGUUACGUUGGUGGACACGCAGUUCAUCAUCAGACUCGUACCGGUCAUCCGAUGGCACUCAGUUUCGCGGAUCUCUCUGUCUGGUGCUACAUGUGUGAAUCAUAUGUCCACAAUGAAAUUCUUAUUCCGGCCAAAAAUGCAGCACAUCGCUCCAAAUUUGGUGUUCCGGAUCCGCAACAUGAGACAUCCGCAGAAGACAGUCAGUAGUAACACAACUGAUGAUUCCUCCUUCCUCACUGCAGCGCCUAAUAUUUACAUCCUCAAAUAUUUCGAUGAAUUUUUUUUUUUUGCCUAA